GUCGAGCUUGUUCGUCUUACAUCAUGGCGACUGCUGCCGUUGCACGGCCGGGACAAGCUCUGCGCACACGACGCGACAACAUCGCGCCUAUUGGCGACCGGAAGCGCGAACGAGACCGCACUGGCGGCAUGGACAACAAUGGAGGACAAGCGCUGCCGCCACCGCCGCCGACGAAGAAGCGACGACUCGAUGAGCCUCAUGUCAUCACCAAAGACUACAUCCUGCGCAAGUUUGCCGGCCGGCCGCCGUCGCUGGUGUUGCAUCUGCACACCAACUACUUCCGCCUGGGCUCGCAGGAAGGCAGCUGGCCAUACGACUCGCCCAUGAAGUUCCUGCUGGCGGACAUCCGGAGAGAGCGCGUGCCGGAUCAGAUGCUGGAGGAGCUGCUGGCCAACAAUGUGCCCUUCUACGACGGCUGUCUCAUUGUCGAGGUCCACAACCACCGCGGUGCGUCGACAGGGAAGAGCAAGCGGAACGAUUCGGCGACGAGUGGGACGCGCUAUUCGAUGCACAACUACAACAGCUAUGUGACGCCGUCUCCCUUGGUGGAAUAUCCUAAGCAGGCCCAGCAAGAGGCGGCAGAGAAGGCCGAAGCGGAGAAGGCGCGCGCCUCGAACGAUAAGGGCAAGCAACAGCAGCAGCAGGAUGGCCCAAAUAUCGCGACGCUGGUCCUAUUUCCCACCGAGUUGACCCGACACCAGGAGAUGUUGAUUUUGGCAAAAACGCCCGCCUCACAAAUGCCGCGUAGGAAAAUGGGUACCGACGAGCCUACCACCCCGCAGCUUUCACUACCUCCCACCCCCAUGGCCGCCACCGCCGGUCGCGCGACUCCCGAAGAUAACAAGAUGUGCCUGGAGCCAGAAGACUUGUACGACUUUCAAGCCGAAGUUUUGCUAGCAACACAACCGCCCCUCCUCUUGGAUACUGUGGAUGGGCCAGAAGCUGCACAAAAGCUUCUCGAGUCACUGGCCCAUCCUCUCCAUCAAGCAGCGCCGCCCUCGCCCAAGACUCGUAAGAGAACCACAGCAGAGUUGGCGGCGGACGAUGAGAAGGCGGCCGAGGCGGAGCGUCGUAUGCUUGUGAUGGACGAGCGAAUCAAGGUUGGAGGAAGCGCGGGUGCUACGGAGAAUGCAGGCACUGCGGCAGCGGCCUUCAGCAGAUUCAAGACGCUACAAGUCGUGCGCGAGAAGUUGGAGCAACAAGCGCGAGAAAAGGAGGAGCAGGACAAGCAGGCACAGAAGCAAAAAGAUGAAGCCGCGGCGACCGCUGCACGGCAACAGAAGGCGGCGCAAGAGCUGGCCGAGGCAAAUGCUGCCGCCAUGAAGCAGCGGCAGCAGCAGGCGAUGCUGAGGCAGAGACAACAACAACAAGCACAAGCACAGCAACAGGCAUAUCAGCAACAGCAAGCCGCCCAUGCCCAUCCGCAGCAGAACCUCAUGGCUCAGCAGCAGCAAGCCAUGCAUGCAGCAGCCAUCGCACAGGCGAGCCCCGUCGUCAGGCAACAGACGCCUAUGAUGAACUCUUCACCAAUGAUGAAUGGAAAUGGAUUCACCAUGCAACCCACAACGACAACUCAAGGCGCUGGUAGUCCUCCUCGGCCGACGUCCGCUACGGUGCCGAAUGCAAACACAGCAAUGCAACGCCAAGUCAGCCAGCAGCAGCACGCGAGCCGUAACGCGACACCGCAGAUGCCGCAAGCCACCCCUAACAUGGGUGGCCUACCGAACAGACAAAUGAGCCAGACUCCUCGUAUGCCGCAAGCAAGUCCCGCGCCUGGCACGCCUGCUUCUAAUGGCAUGGGCGGGUUGCCCAUGCAACUUCCAGCAGGUAUGAGUCAAGAGCAGUACCAGAUGCUGCGAGCACAACAGAUGGCCAACCAACAAAAUGCUAUGGCCAUGCAGUCUGGCUCCCCUGGGCAGCAUAACCUGACCGCCGAGCAAAUUUCAAACAUUGCUCAGCAGAGGGCUCAGGCGCAUUUCAACCACCAAAUGACUAUAGCUCGAAACGCGAACAACCCGGCUAUGGCACAGGCCAUUCAACAGCGUCAAGCGGCAAUGAUCCGACAACAAAAUCUGGUGCAACAGCAACGCAUGCAAAUGGCACAAAAUGGUCAAAGUCAGAGUCCCCACGCUAGCAUGCAGGGCACGCCGCAGAUGAAUCACGCUCAUCCUCAGCAAAGUGACGGCACACAAAUGCAGAUGACACCCCAGCAAUUGCAACAGAGGCAACUGAUGCAGCAACAACAGAUUCGUCAAGCCACGGCGACCUUGACUCAACUGCAACAACAGUAUGGCAGUAUAAACGCCAUUCCACAGCAGAUUCUUCAGUCGCUCCCACCCACGGCACAGAUGAUGGUCAGAAACCACCACCAGAAACAGAAUGCGGCUCGAGCACAGCAAAUGGCAGCAAGAGCUCAACAAGCUCAACAGCACGGACAGCCAGUGGCAGGCAGCAGUGGCGGGGAUCCUGAAUACAUGCAGACUUUACGUGCCCAUCAGGAAAUGCUACGGCAACAGACUGCGGCAGCAGCAGCAGCAGCACAAGGAAAUGGCGGGAUGGCUGGAAAUAUGGGCAUGAAUAUGGGCAUGAACAAUCAGCAGCAGCAACAGCAGCAGCAGCAGCAGCAGCAGCAAUUCAACAAUCAGCAAGGUGGCGGCGGCGGUGGAGGCGGGGGUAACGUUGAUCCGCUGAACCAUCAUUUACAGGCUAUGCACAGGGCGUUACAGCAGCCGCCGAGUAAUAGUCAAAACGGACAGAUGUAGCAAGAGUUUCUUGAGGACUGGAUUGUGGGGGCCGAGGGCUUGGAGCGCAAGAUAGAUGGCACAUCGGACCGAUUGGAAAGAAAUCUGAGGGUUUGGAGGCCGAAUAAAUAGGCACGCGUGCGCAAAGAAUAUUCCCUACACAAUCAAGCAGCAAUCGAGGGGCUUGACAGCGGGGUGCCAGCAUGUUAUUGGUAUGGAUACGUAUGGUUGAAAAAGGGCUGAUGAGUUCGUUCCCAGUGCAUGGGAAGAACAGGGCUACUAGGUAGCCAUUGGGAGAGGGGUUGGAAGCUCCUGGCUAUGACCUACAUCUUGGCAAUGGAAAUAAAUAGCUGACUACAGUAUAACAGCUAUAAGCAGCAUAAAGUCUCGCGAGUUGGACAGCCAAGGCCCAAGGGCCCAAGAGCUCUGCUAACCUAGUAAACGCAUUGUUCCGUGCUGCAGUGGGGUUACUGGGGUGAAGAGGAUCGGUUCGAGUGUGGUCGACUCGAGCGGUUGAAUAUUCAGGCAAAGAGAAGCCAAUGGGAAUUCUCCCGAGCGUUGGCCAAGAACGAGACCACAUCAAACAUGCCUAACACCGACACUUGCGCAGGCAUUAUUAUAGUCCCCUAACCUGGCUAAUGGCCUAAUGCUACAACAGGCGGGAUGUGGAGAACAUGGAGCCGUACGCAGCUAUCCCAGCACAGCACCGUGUCCACGCACAGGCACAGCUCUCUCCAGCUCCCAUCGACAUUUAAGCACAAUAACGACCUCGAACUCAC